CCUAUACAGGCCGCCGUAGGGAAACAAGGAAGUAGACAGAAUGAACAACAUAAAAACAGAAGUCGGUUGUUUUAUUUUUGAUUGAAUGCGUAUUUACGCCUGUAAUCGACUCCAGAUUGUUUUCUACGUUUCUACAUUUGCUUUGUAGUAUAUUUAAAAGCUUCUCGGUCUUUAUUUAAUAUAUAUGUGUUUAUUUCGGUAAUGCUAACCUUCUUAACUGGCUCGUUAGCAGCGGUGACAGGUGACAGGUGCUGUUAUUAAUAUGGUGCAGAACGUGUUUCGGAGCGGCUUUCUGGUCCGGGUCGCUCACACACUGCUCACCUGGAUCAUAACCGUCAUUCUGUUCCUGCACAACACUAGCUUGCGGAGAUGUGAGGAGCAGGGAGAGCUGCUGCUGCCGGCUCUCUUCUUCUUGCUGGUCGUUCUGUCAGUGCUGUUGUACUUUGCCGUUUCCCUGAUGGACCCCGGCUUUGUGCUCAAUGACACUGUCAAGGGCGCUCAGAGUCCGAAUGAAGAAAUGGAGGCGAUGAUCCCUCAGUCAUCGACCCCUCGUUUGAGGCGCUGUGGAUACUGCCUGCUGCAGGUAACCAGCUGCUGCCAGCUGCUGCCAGCUGCCAAAUUCCAGUGCUCACCAAUUUAUUCCUGUUGUGUAAUUUCCUUGUGUUUCAGGUCAGGCAUUUCUCCUGCUCUUACGUGGGAGCAGUGGUUCAGGGUGAAUGGCUUUCUGCUGGCGGCGUUGUGCAUAGUCGGGAUUUUCUCCGUGGUUGUGGUGGUGCUGCUAGGCUCCCACUUGUACCUGAUUUCUAUCAAUUGCACCACCUGGGAGUUCAUGUCCCGCCACAGGAUCUCGUACCUGAAGACCUGCAAGGACGAGGAGAAUCCGUUCGACCGUGGCGUCCUCUGCAACCUGUGGGAUUUCUUCUGCAUCUGCAGGACGGUGAUGUGGGAGAAGGUUUACCACAGAAACACGCUGAAUCCAGUCUGACCCCACAGAGGCUGGAGUCAACUAAUCUCUGACUGGUUUUGUAUUUUUACAAAGAUGAAGACAGGAGAAUGAGGAAGUGUUUGUCUUUAAUUGUUUUAUCCAGAUACAAAAAUCAAAAGGAAACGUUUUGGACUGAAACAGCGGACCGUCACAGGAGGAUUGUAAUCACUCUGGUGCUCCCAGCAGUUUCCUGUUCUUGUUUUCAUGUAACAAAUUAAUCCAAACCUCAGAGGUAUCUGUGCGCAGUGUUGCCUUAACACAAUCUCUUUACCUGUAUUUACAGUUAACAUUGAAACACACGUUCAGUGUUGGUGUUUCACCGUGUGAUGCGCAACAGGUUUGCGUGUGGGGGUGUUUUUGACUUGUGUCACUGGCACCGUUUGAUUAUUCCAGCUACACUUUGAGAAGGUCAGCGGACGUAAAUAAAUAAAAAGAACCUGAUAGUCUGCACGCAGUCGUAACUGUUGAUAGUUUCACACAUAUGGAAAGGAUAAUUGGAGUUGGACCUUGUUUCAGUCUCAGCCCCUCGUUAGUGCUGCCUGUGAUUUUAUGAACCAAAAGAUGCUCUUAGUGUUAACGGCACAUUAAAGGGCUCAUUUUUAUUCUUGGAUUCUAGACUAGCUUUCCAUGAUUCACGGCUCAAAAUAAUCUUUGGUACAGCCUCUCAGUUCGUUCUCUGUCUGAAACGAGCUGCUUUAGCUCCUCCCUCUUUAAACCAGUUGCCUUCUGUUUGGCUGUUAUCUGCAAACAGAAGGUUUGAACACCCAGUGGGCGGGGCUUUUAAGCUAAAAGAGCAUAGGCUGUGUAUAGAAGUUGGAUUUAGUUGAUGUGAUGUGACCACUGGUUUGCAAAGGCUCGUCUUAAACACUUUCCCCCAUAAACAGGACAUCUGAACACUUAAUGAAGAGUCAUUCUUCGUCUAGCUAUCGUCUUUGCUUGUUGAAAUGAGACACCAGUCACAAAGCAAACCACGCUGCAUCAUCAUCAUCAUCAUAUAUAUACAAAGAACAGAAGAAAAGUUUGAAUCUGAGCAUUAAGAGCAGUCUGAAAUCUCAGCUUUUGGCUCUCAGUUAUGUUUGACUCUUCAGUCAGAAAGAGGAAAAGAAGGAAAAGCAGAUCCAUGUUAAGUAUUUUCUGAAUGUCAAACUGAGCUCUCUUGCCUUGAAGUUAGGUGGUGUUUAAAAUAUCAGUGUACAAAUGGCACAUAAGUUGUUUGGGUUUUUGUUUGUUGAAUAAAAGAGAAAAAUAAGCACUAAAUGUGAUUGAAACACUCAGGUUUGGUCACUGCUCUCUGUAAAGCAGGGUUGUCAAAUAUAAGGCCCGGGGGCCAGAAUUGGCUCGGCAAAGACUCCAAUCUGGUCCACGUGUGAAAUUCGUAACGCUGACAGAAGGGAGCAUUUAAAGUUUAAAUAAGUUUGACAUCCCUGCUGUGAAGGUUUCUGUUGUUACGUGAUGAGAGUGGUGACCCCACAUUAUUUACACUAAAUGCCUUUAAACCUGCUGAUGUUUGGUACCCGCCUGUAAACUGAUGUCAGUAAGUUCAUUUUUUACCAAGUUUUAACUGUAAUGUUCUGUUUGUAUUUAUUGACGACAAAGAGUACAUUAAAACACAGAUGAUAUGCA